UAUAUAUUAUAGGAACUGAAUUUUUGUGUGUGAUUAAGAGUGUUGAAAUUAUGCUUUCAUGUGUCUAAACCGAAGAGCUGAUCCUGGUUAUGAGAGUGGUGCGUGGGAAUUUGUGAGGUGUGUUGGUGCAGAUUUGCGAGAGUCUGAGUUGAUCAUUUGCCCAUGUAUUGAUUGUCGCAACGUAGCUCGUCACUCAGCCAGUGUUAUUGUGGAUCAUCUAGUAACAAGAGGAAUGGAUUUGAGUUACAAGAUGAGGGAGGAUUGGUAUCACCAUGGAGAAGUAAUGUCAGGGACUGACAGUAGAAGCAAUGGAAGUGAGAAGAGGAAUGAGAUUUUAGGGUUAUACCAAGCAGAUGCCUUUGAUGAUGAAGAGUUUCUUAGGCAUGGUGACUUAAGUGAGGUUGCUGAAGGUGAAGAUAAGGCAGAAGAUGAGUUUCUUGCUAAGCUAGCCGAUGCAGAAACACCUCUGUAUCCAAGUUGUGCUAACCACAGCAAGCUCUCUGCAAUUGUUUCACUCUUUAGGAUAAAGACACAGAGUGGUUGGUCUGAUAGAAGCUUCGAUCUGCUGCUUGAGACUUUGCCACAGAUGCUACCCGAGGAUAAUGUCUUGCACACGUCCUUGUACGAAGUGAAGAGGUUUUUGAGAUCUUUUGAUAUGGGUUAUGAGAAGAUACACGCCUGUGUGAAUGACUGCUGUCUAUUCAGAAAGGAGUUUGAGAAGCUAGACAAAUGUCCGAAAUGCAAUGCUUCAAGAUGGAAGAUUAACUUGCGCACAGGUGAUGUGAAGAAAGGUAUUCCACAGAAAGUUCUAAGGUAUUUUCCCAUAAUCCCACGGCUGAAGAGGAUGUUCAGGUCAGAGGACAUGUCAAAGGACUUGAGGUGGCAUUUUACUAAUAAGAGCACUGAUGGAAAAAGCAGACAUCCGGUUGAUUCUGUUACUUGGAAUCAAAUGAAUAACAGAUACCCUUCAUUUGCCGCUGAAGAAAGAAAUCUUCGGCUUGGGCUGUCCACAGAUGGGUUCAAUCCUUUCAAUAUGAAGAAUGUGAACUACAGCUGUUGGCCUGUUUUGCUUGUCAUUUACAACAUGUCACCUGAAAAGUGUAUGAAGGAGGAGAACAUCAUGUUGUCGUUGCUGAUUCCUGGUCCAAGCCAACCUGGUAACAAUAUUGAUGUGUACUUAGAACCGCUUAUAGAGGAUCUAAACCACCUGUGGGAAAAAGGAGAGUCAACGUAUGAUGCAGUCAACCACACCACUUUCACAUUAAGAGCUAUGCUUCUCUGGACUAUUCAGGAUUUUCCAGCAUAUGGGAAUCUUGCAGGCUGCAAAGUAAAGGGAAAAAUGGGUUGUCCUGUGUGUGGAAAAAACACAGACAGUAUGUGGUUGAGUAACUGCAGGAAGCACGUUUAUAUGUCCCAUCGGAAAGGUCUUCCUCCCACACAUCCUUAUAGAGGAAAGAAAGCAUGGUUUGAUGGGAAAGCAGAGCAUGGGAAAAAGGGUAGAAUUCUGAGUGGUCAUAACAUAAGCCAUAUACUUAGAAAUUACAAGAAUGAUUUUGGAAAUGUGAAAGUAAUUGGUAGGAAGAGGAAGAUUAAUGAGACGGUUGGAUCAGACUCCAAUACGGAUGAUGAAUCCAGUGAUUCAGAGGAAGAGGAAGAAGCAGUUGAUGAGGAAGAGCUAUCUAGAUGGAAGAAGCGGUCAAUCUUUUUCAAGUUGCCUUAUUGGGAAGUAUGUUUCUAAUCUGAAGAUAUAUCAGUUUUUCUUAAUUGUGCAGUCACCACCUUCCUUUGACACUAUUAUCUGUGUUUGUUUUGUCUAGGAUCUACCAGUUAGACACAACUUAGACGUUAUGCAUGUGGAAAGAAAUGUUGCUGCAAGCCUUAUAGCUACAUUGUUGCAUUGUGGAAAAUCAAAAGACGGUCUUAACGCGAGAAAAGAUCUGGAACUGCUGGGUAUUAGGAAGGAUUUACAUCCUCAACCCCGUGGGAAAAGAACAUACCUUCCUCCCGCUCCUUGGUCUCUGUCCAGCAAAGAGAAGAAAGUAUUCUGCAAGCGGCUAUCGGACUUCAGAGGUCCGGAUGGUUAUUGCUCAAAUAUAUCAAGGUGUGUGAAGUUAGAAGAAUCUAAGAUAUCAGGAUUUAAAUCACAUGAUUACCAUGUCUUGAUGCAACAGCUUCUCCCAGUUGCUAUUAGAGGUAUUAACUGAGUCUUUAAACUUUGUAAUAGUCAAGAUUAAGAUGUCCUGACUCUAUUCUCAAAUUAUAUUUUUGACAGGAUUAUUACCUAAAGGUGUUAGGAUAGCUAUUGGCCGCCUGUGUGCUUUCUUCCAUCAUCUCUGUCAGCGGGUAAUCGAUGUAGAGAAAAUUACAGUAUUGGAAACUGAAAUUGUGGAAACCCUCUGCAUGUUUGAGAGGUUUUUUCCUCCAAGUUUCUUCGAUAUAAUGAUGCAUUUGGUAGUUCAUCUAGCCAGGGAAGCUCGGUUAUGUGGACCAGUUCAUUUCCGAUGGAUGUACCCAUUUGAGAGAUACAUGAAAGUGCUGAAAGACUUUGUAAGAAACCUUGCAAGACCAGAGGGUUGUAUUGCUGAAGCGUAUCUUGCAGAGGAAUGUGUUAGGUUCUGCAGUCAGUUCUUGAAAAAAACAACAAGUUAUGAGGAGAAACCUGAUAGAAAUACUGAGUUCGAGAGCAGCUCUAUUCUUGAAGGUCGUCCAAUAUCUGCAGCCACUUGUCGUGUUCUUUCUGAGAAGGAUAUGAAGAUUAUACAUCUUGCUGUGAUUCAGAAUAUGGCAAUCGUCGAACCUUAUGUGGAGUAAGUCUUUCAAAGCUACUUGUUGUUUUUUUAGUUACUGUCGCUUGUGACUUUAUAGCGUAGCUAAUACAUUGUUUGAAUCCUUUUGAAGCAUGCACCUACAGCAUCUACAGGACACUAAUGAAAAAUGUAGACGUGAUGCAACAACAUUAUGGAGACUUCAUUCACAAAAAUUUGCUUCUUGGUUAAAAGACCAGGUAAUUUUCAUAGAAUGAGCAACAAUUUAGUUUUCUGGUUUUGGCUAUAGAUAUGUAUUGACACUUAACAUAUUUUGUUAUAGAUACCUAUUAGCUCAGAGAAUCACGAUGAGACACUGAAAUGGCUGGCCUACGGUCCUCGUCUUAGCUCUAGGUCUUUCACUGGUUACGUAAUUAAUGGUCUGCGGUUUCACACGAUUUCAGUUGACAGGCAAAGUCAGAACAGUGGUGUUCUAUAUGAGGCAACAGCUAUGUGUAGAUCUAGUGCAAAAGACACUUCGCAGAUGGUUGAUUUGGUAACAUACUAUGGCAGAGUGUUGGAGAUUUUGCUGAUCGAUUACAAUACCUUUUACAUCCCUGUAUUUCGCUGUCAGUGGGCAAAUAUAGGUAACGGAGUGAAGGUUGAAGAUGGCUUCACACUAGUCAACCUCAACCAAAGUCAAAUGGCUUUUGCAGCUGAUCCAUACAUCCUCGCCUCACAAGCAAAGCAAGUCUUUUACUCCAGAAUAGAUGAGUCAUCUAGUUGGUAUGUAGCUAUGAGAGGUCCUACAAGAAGAUACCGUGAGGAAGAUGCUGAAGAUGGACAUGCAGAUGUUGGUCCUAUGCCAGCAGUAGUAGCCAUGGAUGCUGAUGACUUGGUUGAUGAAUCUAGAAAUGCUCGAGCUGACUGUGAAGGAAUAUAUGUUUGAAAAUGGAAAAGUUGUGAUUUUUUGGAUGAUAAAUCUAUAAAUGUUUGGAAAUGAAAUUAUUUAAUUUUUUGAUAAUGGGGAGGAAUCCGUGAAGCUGUUUUUUGAUGAAUUGUGUUUGUGUAAUGAAGUUAACUAUGUUUCUGAUCAGUUGCUUUGAGUCUUGUUUGUUGUUGUGUUGUUUGUUGUUGAUUUGUUUUGAGACUAACUAACUCUUUUAUAUUUCAGGUGAACUAAGAUGGGGAAUCGGAAGAACAAGCGUGUGAAGAAGCAAAGGACAGAUGUAGAAACGGAGGAAGAUGCUGAAGAUCAAUUCCUCGAAGAUAUAACAAACAGAGAAGUCUCAGAUGAAAUGGAGGCAGAAGAACAUAAUCAAAUGAGGACAGAGGAGAAUGAAAUGGAGGAAGAAGCAGAGGACUUGGGGGAGGAUAAACAGAAUGAAAUGGGGGAAGAAGCAGAAGCUGUUGAUGCAGCUGAUGAUGUGCAGACUCAGACUGACACAGCUACUACAUCACAGCGUAAAAGACGCCGAGGACCUACAAAGAUGAAACACAUUGCCAAGGAUCCAACUGAAAGGCAACAUGUCGACUUCACAGAUAUGGGGGAUCCCUGUGGUCCAGGUUCUGUACUGUUAUCCUCCUACUUGGGUCCCUUAGUUCGUGAACAUGUUCCGGUGAUCAUUGAUAACUGGAGACAAGUCAGUGAAGAAAUCAAGACUGUGCUCUGGAAAUCUAUUGAGGUAAUAAGAAAAAAAUUUACAUUUAACUACGAUCCAUUUUACUUGUAUUUAAAUGUGUCUCAUUGCUGACUACAGAUGAGGUUUGACAUGGACGAAGACUUUAAAAGGGCUGCUGUGUUUAAGCAGAUGGGAUGUUUGUGGAGAGCAUCCAAAUCACGUCUGGUAACAUCUGUUAGGAAAGCUCCAACCAUUAAAGCUAGGAUGAGCUUGAAACCGAACAAUGUUUCUACAGCUGAAUGGCGUAAAUUUGUCAAAGAGAAGACCAGUCAGGCCUUUAAGGUUGUCAGCGACUCUUACAAAGAAAGAAGACAGAAUCAGAUUCCUCACACCUGCGGCCGUAAGGGAAUGGUGAGGCUGAGAGAAGAUUUGGUAAAGUCAAGCGAAGAUCCAUCAAAAGUGUCGAGGCUCCGAGUUUGGGUGAAAUCACGAACAAAGAAGGAUGGUACUCCUGUCAAUGUUAAUGCAGCUGAAAAGAUUGUAAGUUUUCAUAUUGAUUUUAAGAAGUUGGAUCUGCUGGUUGCUGCUUUGUGAUUAUUGAAAUUUUAAUGUGUUUCCAGAGAAAGGCAUCAGAGAUCGAACUUGAGGGUCAUGCCGAUUCAACGAAAACAAAUCCAAAGAACGAUAUGCUAUCUCAGAUACUGGGACCUGAUCAACCUGGACGGUUGCGAGCGAUGGGCAGAGGCAUUAGCAUGACCAAAUUGAAUUGUUUACAGGUUAAGGACAACUAUAUCGCUGCAAUGGAACAAAAACAGGUCUCUCUGCAGGAACAGGUUAAUGAUUUACAGAAGGCUCUUCGCCGAAUGAAUAAUCAGGGUCCUGCAACUGAUGUCAGUGAAAACUCCUAUAACAAGGUAUGAAUUUAAUUAAUCUGGCUUACUCUAUCUAUAUAAUUGUAUAGUUGCAUUUCAUUGACAUUGCUUGUACUUCAUGUAGAGUGUAAAUAAUACCAGAUCACUUCCCAAGUGUUAUCUGGUUGACUGGGCUUCUGUCGAUGAGAAAGUUGCUGAGGGACAGGUCGUUUCAGCUGAAGCUGAUGAGUUAGUUAAUGGGGUUCCUUUAGGGCCUCACGCUGUGAAGGUUUUGGUUGAAACUGCAAUAAAACCAGACACUUUUUUAUGGCGACCUGCACAUAAUAUGUUUACUAUGGAGGAUGCAGUUGGCGAAAUGAUUGCAUGGCAUUCUGAUCACUGUAUUGUUGCAACAGCAGGUCUCAUUCCAGAAGACAAUGCUCCUACAGUUAAGUUUCUUCUCUCUCUGUUCCUAAGUAUGAUUUUCCUCUAUACCUGAGUAUGAUUCUGAGUCAUUUUUGUUCGAUGUCUUUGUUGUGUUUGGCAGAGCCCUUUCACAAGUUCAGUUAACAAAUGCAAGCUCAUGGACUAUAUACAGAAGGAGGAAGUGGUUGCUUUAGGCCGAUGGCAGACUAAAGAACCAAAAUCAUUGGUGAAUGGACUUCCUCUUGGUCCUAAUGCAGUAAAAGUGUUUGUCGAUGAGGUACUAAACCCAACGGCAUUCAUAUGGAGGCCUACUGUAGGAAAGACAAAUAUGGAGGAUUUUCUGAACUGUUAUGUAGCAUGGCCUGCAAAUUGCGUUGUGUUUGAGCCGGAUAUAACAGAUUCUCCACGUCGUCAACAAUCAGAUUCUAAAGCAGUGAGUUCAUCUUCUAAGAAUCAGAAGUCUCCAUUAACUCCACCAGCUCCUAAGAAACCAUUUACUCCUGCAUCUCCUCUUCGCAGAUCUGAGCGUAACAAAUUCAAGCCAAAUCAAAAAAUCCAGCUGCUGGAUCUGUCUGGAAACAAGGUGAUCGUCGCUGAAGGACGUUGGUCUUCGAGUAAUCCUGAGCAUCUUGUCCACUUUCAGCCUUUGGGGCUUGGUGCUUGUAGAGUCUUUGUGGAUGUUGUGAAGGUGAAAGAUGCAUCUGUGUGGAGGACUUCAUCUGAGAUUGAGUAUAUGGAAGAUGCACUUGGAAGCACUCUUGCUUGGCCAGAGGAUAAAAUUAUAACGGUGAGAGUUUUGUUUAUUUUGUUGUUCUUUCUCACUUGGAAGCACUCUUGCAUAAAUGUGAACCGAAGGUUAUGUCUUUCUUUUCAGGUUUGACAAAAGAGCAGAAGGAACCAGGCAACUAUUUAAGUUCUUGUUGACAUAAAUGACUUGGUGUUUGCUGUUUCAGAACAUGGCUUUUGUUUUUCAAUUACUCGGUGUUUCUCUUUUUUUCAUGUGUCGGAUGGAUUGAAAUGUUUGUAUGGUUUGAAUGAUUUACUUAAGUUAAGACUUUAUGUUAUUGUGUUUGAUCCAUUUUAUCAUUUCAGUUUUACAAAGGCCCAAUAAGAUAAAUGUCCGUAUCUAGUUAACAAAGAACAAAUCACUAUUCUCGGUUUAGGGCAAGGAUAGGGGUUAGGAUUCUCAUGUUUUUGUUAGUGAUUAGGUUUAGAGAUUUCUUUUAAGGUUUAUUCUAAUCAUAAUUUUGAGGUCUUUUUAAAGAAAUUAUAACACACAUUAAGACAAAAUUAUAUGUUAAUCACAAAAUACAUGAUGUAGUUCCCUUUCCACAUUAUCUUUCUUGUGAAAGGGUUAGCAUAUGUAGUGUUUAGUUUGAGGGUUAGGGUAUAUUGGUGUAGUUAAAGUGUUUAGUGGUUUAUAUAUUUAGAAAUUGAUGUCUAAAGUUAGAUUUAUAUUUUAGAAUCAUGAUUAUAUUUUUUACAAAUUUUAGAUAAUUUUAAAAAUAUUUAUAAAUAACCAGAAACAUAAUUUCUCUUCUUUUUUUAAUAGCCAUCGAUUGAUAUCUCAGAUCAAAGGCCCAUAAUCCACCAUCCAUCAGCUAUCCUCGUUCUCUCUUCCUAUUGGUUGAUUAUUUUAAGGCAAGGAUCAUAAUCUUGUCCGUUCGUAAAUGUUAAUCUAACGCUUCAGAAUUGUUUUUUCUUUUAUCUCCUUCCUUCUCUCUCAGAACGUACGCCCUCCGCAAACUAGGUUAGAGAGUUAUCUCAAACCACCACAAAUCUCUUUGUGACACCACGAGCCCACCUCGACCCACCACUAAUCACUGUCUACCCAUCACGAUUCCAUCUCAAACAACCAUGAUUCUCUCUUAAGCGACCACGAUUUCUCUCUCUGGGUUUCCAUCGAACUCAUCUCUAUCAAAAGGUCUGCGCCCUCUAAAGUCUAAACCCUAGAUUUAUUUCAUCUGUAUGAUUAUUAUAUAUUUCUCUAAUUAAAAUGGUAACAACUCUUACAGAUCCUUAUAGAUUCGAACCCUCACAGAUCUGGGUUGGGAACUUCUUCAAAUAUCAUCUUCGAUUUACUAUUUCUUCUUCGAAUAAGUUUUCAUUUUCAGUUUAGAUAUUCAUAUUCAAAUAUCUGUUAAAGUUCUAACUUGUGUUAAUUUUACAGUCUAGAAACUCUAAUGGAAGCAAGGAAGAGCAUCGUAUGUGCACUGCCGGCAUCUGGAGUGAGACCACAACUACUCCAAAAACAAAAACCACAACAAGAAGCACUCAACAGAGAACAAGAACGAGGACAGUCCUCGGGAGGAAAUGAUGUGGAGGAGAUAACCAGAACAGAGUUCAGAACCUCUCUUGGCUACUUGACACGCAUUGAGGAACCUGAAGAAGACAUCGACCCAAUGUUCAGAAACUCAUCUCUUUUCAGACGCCCACCACAAGCACAAGGACAGUCCUCGCGAACCAAGUCUGGGCGUCAUUACUAAUUGUUGUUUAUGUAUGUUGUUUAUGUCUGUUGUUUAUGUAUGUGUUUUUUUGCUAUAUGAUGAAUCAAUUGUCAGCACAUUAUAGUGCUUUUUUGCAAAUUGCUAGUCUGGUUACAAUUACUAAAAAUUCUAUUUUUUAAUUUUCUUUUUUUUACAAUAUUUUCCAAUUCUAUAUCCCGUAAAAAAAAACAAAAUUAGUAAAUCAAACCGAAAAAUGUGGCAAUAUAGAAAAUAUUAGCUAUUCAGUAUUACCUAUGAAUAUAAACGUCAUAGCACAAGUAAAACGCUGUAUUAUAAUAUUCAAUGGCACAAAAAAAUUGCUAUUAAAUGUUCAAAAAUCCAAAAAAAACUGAGUUACAAAAAGGUAUUCGAUGACAAAAAACAAAUGUCAUAACAAAAUAUUUUAUGGCACACGAAAAGUGCCACAUAAAAUGUUUAAAUAGCGAAAAGAGAUCGCUAUAAAUAGGUAUAAUAUAACACAGGACCAACGCUAUAAUAUCUGUAUAUUGUUACAGCACGCUAAAAACGCUACGCUAGGGGGGGGGGGGGGUCUAUUAUAGCUGCGGCUAUCACGGCGUUCUUCGAAACGCUAUGAAAACGAUAUGAUAGCGUUUUCCGGGUGCUAUUAAUACCGAUAUUUCUUGUAGUGGUAACAACCUUUCUAUACCAGGAAUAACAUACUGACAGAUCACUGUAUCAAGAAUCAAUGAUUUGACCUUGAGCAUCGGGAAAGGAACACCACGAAUCUCAGCAAGAGAUAAAAUCUAAUAGAAAGAACCCAAAAAAAAAGAUAGUAAAUACUGAUUAGUAACGAGCUUAUGAGAUAGACUUUUUCAAACGUUCUUAAUCAAACCUAUAGAAAACCAACUUCUAAUUAAUGAACAUUAAUCCAUAUCUAAAAAACAGUGACCGUGAACCCAAUUGCGCUUUUGAGGCAUUAGAGAAUGUAAUAAUAUGAGCCAAAAACUUUAAUACCAGAAUAAAGUUUCCCCCAAAGGAAAGCUUCUCUGCGUUCUGGAACUUUUCUAACAUCUUUAGCGCCAUGACUUGAAGAAAAUCAGCCGUUAAGUGAGGGUUCAUUGAGACAUGACAAAUGUCCAGUUUAGCUUUGGUUAAAGAAGAGACAUCAACCAAAGUACAUGGCAACUGAGAGUUUAACAAUUUGAGACAAUGGACAUGUGGUGCCACAAUCUGCGUUAGCCCCUGAACCCACCCGUUACGUUUUACUUCUAAUGUUCUCAGAAGUAGGGAUUUUCUGAGAUCGAGAACCUUUAGUUCACGGAUGUGAUACAACGUUAAAUUUUCGAGAACAGGACAACCGGACAGAAUCUUGGCCAUGAAUUCAUCAGAGAGUCUAAAACGACUCAAGGAUAACUUCUGCAAGGAUGUCCAAGAUACCGAGCACUCGGAAACCAUCGUACCGAACAAGCUUAACUUAAUAUUGAGUUGCUUGAAAGAAGAACUGUUGUAGAAGAAACCUGGAAGCUUAUAACCUUCACAAAAAGAACUACCUAAAUCCAGGAACGGCUUAUACUCUUCAUAAUAAGGACGAGGGAAAUCGAGGGACAGAUUCUCAACGUUGUGUGACAUGGCGCAUUUGAUCCACUGAUCGAUGUGGGGAAUGUCCUCCCUCUUGGUGGCUUUGAGGAAAAAAAUCUUCGUCUUGGGAGCUGUAUAGUGAGUUAGGGUUUCGGUAACGGAAGCGGCAGUCAGUGAAUCCACAUCUAAGGUGAGAGAAGGUAUAUCGCACCAUACAUGCCUCCAUCGUUUAGACAAGAGGGAAGUUUUGAUGGCUACUUUGAUCGGAAUAAAGCAGAGUAUGUGUUGGAGGAUCUCAUCUGGGAAAUUGCUGAUCAAGUCAACAGCUCCUUUGAUCCUCCUGACGUCGGCCAUCUUUAUUUUGGGAUAUUAUUCUUAGGGCACAGCUUUUUAUAGUGUUCUCUAAAACCGUUAAUAUAGUAAUUCUCAAUCUUAGAGAACCUCAUAUUAUCUCACAGAUUUUAUAUUAGUAUUGUAAUGUAGUUUUAUUAGAAUACUUGAUAAAGAAUAUUUAUCACGAUUCACAAGCUAACUAAAACCUAGCAAUAUUCACAUCAGGUUUUGAUAUACUCUAGUCUAAAGAACGCAACUUGUAUAUUGCCUGAAAUUUGUGUGAACAAAUUAAAAGCUUCUCUUGUGUGUAUUCAACAGGGCUCCAUGUAAAAUGUAUUACUCCCUCCGUUUCAAAAUAAAUGAUGUUUUAGGGAGUUUUUGAUGUUUCAAAAUAGAUGAUGUUUUCAUAUAUCAAUGCACUUUUUCAUUUUAUCAAAAACUGUGUAGCCAAUGAUAUUUUGUAGUCUGUUUUGUGAUUGGUUGAAUAACUUUUAAUUUAUAUUUUAAUGAUAUUUUUAAGAUAAAAAACAAGUUUCUUAAUAGUUGUGCAUAAUCUUAAAACUUCAUGUAUUUUGAAACAGAGAGAGUAUUAAAUAGGGAGAAUGUGUGGAAUAUAUCCAAUUAAGGUCCAAAUUAGAUGAAUGCCUAUAAUUAUGGAUAACCCAAAAAUAAAUAAUUUUUUGACAUAGUGCAGAUGAAAAUACCCUCAUGCUUUAUAGAAAACAAGUAAUUUUAGAUUUAUUAGCUAAAUAUUUACAUAUCAAGUAACAAACUACAUACCAACUAACAUAUCAGCUAAUAAUUUCAUUAUCAUCUAACAAUCUAUGUAUCAAACAAAUGUAUCGACUAACAAAUCAUAUAUCAGUUAAUGAAACUAUUAACAAUUAAUUAGUUAUCUAUCAAAUAGCUUCAAAUCUAUUUGUAACAGCUAACACUUCAUGUAUCGAUUAAGAAUCCAUUAAAAUCUAAAUAAUAGCAAAUAAGUAAUAAAAUACCUACUAACGUAUAUAUUAUCUAAAAGUUGAUUGUGAGUCGAAAUUAGAAACAUUGGAAUUGAGGUGAGAUAAUAAGAUUAGCAUUAUGGGUGUCAAAAGAAUCAGAAUAAAAAAAUAAAGAUUUGUGUUGAAUUAGAAGAUGAUUUGAAAAAUCUAUACGAGAGAUAAAGAGAUUAGAAUACAUAAAAGAGAAAAG